GUACUAUACCUUCUUUUUCAUUGAGAUAGUGAAGUGUUGUACACGUCUUCUGUGGAAGUGUACGACCACUUCACCUUUUUAAAUGUAAAUAUGGGAGCUAUUUGAUUGGUAUGGAAGCUGUUAGGAUUUCCAGUAAGUCAAAUGGAAUUGCUGCAGAAUCAGCUGCCACCUCUUUACCAGGAACAGACUCCGGGGUCUUGUUAACAGCAGGAGAAAUUCUUGGUAUUGUGAUUGGUAGUCUGAGUGGUGUGUUCGUUCUGGUGGCUGUAGUCGUUGUUGUUAUCAUCUACAGAAAACACCUAAGACGAAAAUCAUGGAAUUUCGAAUAUUACGAUCUAGACGAUGGAUCGACCUCUAAAUCAGCACCAAUAUCUAGGUCAGCCUCUCCAAAAUUUCCAAAGCGAAAAUCAUGUCCCGACAUUCAUGUGGAUGCACGGAAUGUUAUGGUACGUUCAGCUACCUCGGCAUGUGUACCCGACUUCAUUCUGCCCCCUGAACGAAUACAACCCUACGGAGACCAUGAAAGUGGACAGAUUACCUUUCUAUCACCCGAAAACUGUGUUGGAAUCAGACCAGAUUUAUAUAGGCCCCCAAGUGAAUCAGACGAUGACUCUGGAGCUUUCCCGCCCAGUGAACAUGGUAGAAUAUGGUUUGCCUUGGUGUACGAUGGAGCUGUGGAGCAACUGAAUGUGAAACUUAUAAAAGUCAAAGAAUUAUCAGGUCGUAGAAAUGGCCAACUUAGAGACCCGUUUGUGAGAAUAUUUUUGCUGCCAGAUGAAAGGAAUUCAAAAACAUCAAAAGUAAAGAAGAAAACCCUAACUCCUAUCUACAACGAGACAUUCAUUUUCCAGCUGUCGACAGUUGAUAUAGACAAAUGUACACUGAGAUUUUCCGUAUAUGACGUGGACAGACGUCGCUUGAGGCACGUCCUUGGUCAUGCAUUUAUUCCAUUAUGCGAUAUUGACAAGACAAAAGUUGUCACAAUGUGGCGAGACUUGGAACCCAACUCUCAUAUAUGUAAUGCCCUAGGAGAUUUACAUAUAGGACUUUGUUACCUUCCAAGCAAUGACAAGAUCAAAGUUAUCAUUCUGAAUGCACGACACCUGCGUCAUUUGGAUUAUGACAUGAUAAACGGUAUUUAUGUCAAAGUUCAGAUGAACCAUGCUCGUCGACCUUACAAAUCAAAGAAAACAAUGGUCAAACCCACUGCUGAAGACCCAACGUUCAAUGAAGCAUUCUCCUUCUGUACAGCGGGACAGCCUAUUGAGACUUGUAAUUUUGUUGUCACCAUUAUGGUCUGUCCAAAAAAAUAUUUAGGCCAAAAUGAAAUCUAUGGAAAAGUUAUUGUUGGAUCUUUCAUGUAUGCCCGUGGAGAGGAUCUGGUUCAUUGGCAGGAAAUGAUGUCACAACCACGUUCUACUGUUAACAAAUGGCAUUCACUGACCAAUGAAAUCUAGGCCUCACAACCACGUUCUACUGUUUACAAAUGGCAUUCACUAACUAAUGAAAUCAAGACAUUAUUUCGUGAUUGACAUGCUUUAUGCCCAUAAUGGUCACAAGUUUUCACUGUAUCAUCAUAGUUUGAACUUCUUAUAGUACUUUUACCUUUAUUCAGGCUGUAAAUGUUUUUUCCACUUUACUUGUUAACUGUUCUUACAUUGACACUAGGUCAUCAAUGCAUAAUUUUCUGAUAAAAAUAUUUGAAUAAGGAAACAACAAAAUUUGGCAUGGUGUUAUUUUUUUUUUACUCCUUUAUAGUGGAACUCUUUGUCAGUCUAUCACUUUUAAAUAUAUGUAUGGAAGGAAAACUCAAUUUCAUGUAUAAAAAUAUGAAGUUGAUUACACAAACAUGAGGUUCUUUUAAAUUUUUAACUUAAAAUCAUAACAUAACCAAGGAGAGUCAUGAUAAAAUUAGUGAGGCAGUCAUGGGUUUAUUUUUGCUGAGUUUGAAAUAAGCAACUUUAAUUAUUAAACUUGUGCAUAAAUUUUAAUUUUAGUGGUUUCCUAUGUUAUUUUGUAUUCCAUAAACACAAACGUUUUGCAAUAUUUUUGUGAUUUUAUAUUAAAGUAGCAUUAGCUGUUAUUUAGACAAAGCAUUAAAAUAUUAUGGUUUUUGUUUCAAACAUUUAUAAAAGUGAAAUCAGGGUGGGUUCCAACUAUAUGUCCCCAUUCAAAUGCAUUGAUCGUCCAAAAAAAGGGGGGUUCCAACCCCCGGAACCCCCCCUCUGGAUCCGCCACUGGGAAUACUAGUAAUGCAAUAUUAUUUCACUAUAAGCAGUCAGUUGGGUUCAAUUUGGUCAAAAUAAGAUAGAAAAAAAUACAAAUGUAUUAUUGAUUUGCAAGUCAAUAAUUCAUCCUCAGUUGAACCCGUAUUCAUAUAACCCUAACUUGAUCCUUAGCUGAAGAUGCGUUACGCAUGCCGAAGGUUUUAUGUAAAUCCGUGGCAUUAAGCAUGUUCAAUUGCCAAAAAGAAAAGUUUGAAGAUGUCAACAUUGAAAAGUGAAAGAAGAGAGCCACCAUAAAAAAAAAAAAAAUUCUUUGACAGAUCUGGCCCACAAGAAAUCAUUCAUACCCAGGUAAAACGAUGAUUUAUAUUUUUAUAUCUAGGACCUGAAAUCAAACAGACCUGGAAAAAUUACACAACUCCAUGUGAUUCUCAGUCUAUUUAUAUUUAUAUCUAUGUUUAUAUUGGGUUGAAUGACUAUCGGCAGUCUUCUUAGGUAAUCUCGAUGGUUAAUUAGAUGGUGUCUAGUCUAAAAUAAGCACAAAAUGCUGAUACAUUAUAACAAGUCCAUGCAUUAAUUGUUAAUUGUUUCGUUUUGACUUUUUGUAAUUUGGAUUUACAUUUUAGUUUGUAAUGAAUCAAAUAUGAGAAUUUAAGCAAAAUCGUGAUCAUGAAUUUGACAGCUAAUGCCCCUUUAAUAGCAAAUUAUGGAAAAUAUAAACACCUCACAAACAUUUCCUGCUUAAAUGUAUGAAUAUGAUGUAAUUUACAGAUACAAAAAAAAGUUUCUUUUUCAUUUUUUAUAUUAUUAGUCGCUUAACUUUCAAUGUGAGUGUGUGUGUGCUUAUCACUUACAAUGAUCACUUUCAAUGCAAGCAGUAUCCUUUUCAGACAAAAACUAAUAACGAAAAUUAAUGUUAGGGAUUUCUUUUUAUGCCCCACCUAGGGGCAUUAUGUUUUUCGGUCUAUGCGUCCGUUCGUUCAUCCGUCCGUCUGUCUGUCUGUCCCGCUUCAGGUUAAAGUUUUUGGUCAAGGUAGUUUUUGAUGAAGUUGAAGUCCAAUCAACUUGAAACUUAGUACACAUGUUCCCUAUGAUAUGAUCUUUCUAAUUUUAAUGCCAAAUUAGAGUUUUGAUUCCCAAUUUUAAGGUCCACUGAACAUAGAAAAUGAUAGUGCGAUCGGGCAGGUUAAAUUUUUUGGUCAAGGUAGUUUUUGAUGAAGUUGAAGUCCAAUCAAUUUGAAACUUAGUACACAUGUUCCCUAUGAUAUGAUCUUAUUAAUUUUAAUGCCAAAUUAGAGUUUUGACCCCAAUUUCAUGGUCCACUGAACAUAGAAAAUGAUAGUGCGAAUGGGGCAUCCGUGUACUAUGGACACAUUCUUGUUUUUAUAUCCUUUUGCAAUCUUUACUGCAUAUUGAAAUAAGUAAUAUAUUAUCUUAUCUUUGCUUAUUCAUGCUUUUAGUAACGUGUAGCUAUAAAUCAAAAUUCUAACACUUAUGUGAGUUUUAUGUAGACUAGGGAUAUAACUGUAGCUGUGAUAAAAAUAGAAUCAAAAUGUCUUCAUUACUUACAAUAGUUAUGGGAAAUAAAAAUGAAGAGUAAAACACCUUCUUUGUUUAUUUUUGUUAUACAUUACACUAAGACUUAAAUUCUAAUUGCAUAUCCUCAGCAGAAAACCUUUUUUUACAGUUUAGAAAUGUUUGUAGCUUUCUGUGCAUAUUCCAAUACUUUUAUCCAAGUUUUUAUUAAAAUACAUUUUCAAGGUAUUUAUGUAAUAAAUAGAAAUGAAAUAAAAAAAUAAAAAAUUAUCAGUUCACAUAAAAGAUAAUGUUACUACCCUGAUAAUAAUUUUGAAAUUCUGUAGCUUAUAAAAUAGGUCUGUGACAUAUACUUUUUAUUAUAUUUUUAUAAUUGCAUAAUUGGUUAAGCCAAAUUUGGAAAGAUUCCUCAAUUUAAGUUCAGCCAAGAACCACCAAUGUACAAAGUGUAGAGCCCAAAAAAAUUGUGUGGCUGUAUUUCAGUAACAAAAUAAACAAAACCCUUAAAAAUUCCUAAUCAACAGCUUGUAUGUGGUGAUAUUAUCUAUAUGUGUGCUGUGCUGACAUAAUUUGCUCCAUGAACACAACAAAAAUAAUGAGAGACUUGAGGUAACAGGGAUCCAUGACAUUGGUUAUAGCUGUAAAUGACUUGUUUUCUGAAAUUAGUAAAUUUUGAUGCAGAAAUACAAUUUAUUUUCAUUUAAA